AUGUUCCCAGUCACUACAUCUCCGCAUCUAGUCUUGCAUCAACAAACAAUGGCUACUGCCAAAACUGUGGUGGAGAUCAUCUCCUCUGUCAAUCUGUCGCCGACUGAACACUUGAUUUUGAAGCAUUUCGUCGAAAGCGCCGUCGACUCGGAGCUCGCUGCGCGGUAUCUGCUGUCACGAAUCGACCAGAGCAUCUCCCCACGUGAUGUGGAAAGCUGUCUGCGCGAGGCCAAGCAGGACUGGAGGAGGCUAACGGCGAGGUGUAAGCAGGCACUCAGAAACAUCAGCGCGGUCUGUGUUUCCCUCAAGCUGAUUCCGAUAGUGACGACCUUGGACUCGAUCCCAAAGCAUCUCGACGCUUCGGUUCGCCGUCGGGAUGGCCCCUGUUGCUCUCUGACUGAGGAUGAACAGUGUGGUUCGCGGUCAGCCGUGGAGUCAGCAUACGUGAUACCCCCUUCCAUGCUUCGGAGCCUCGAAUCUGCUGAAGAGUUAUUAAUUCUUUUUUUUUUUAGGGUACGCCUGUUUGAAAUGCUGGAAGCAUUUCUCUCUCCCCCGUACGUCGCCCGGCUGCAGAUUCUACUUGCUAGCUGUGACGGCAAUGAUGGAUCUUCUCUACUAAAUAUGUGGUUGCUAUCACCAACCAUUCACCGGGCCUUUCGUGAGGGCCAUGUCGAUGUGAGACCAAAGUCUCAGGUGCUUUCUCGAAUGCUUGGCCGCGCGAGCGCCGAGUCCAAUCCGGACGAAGCAAGCCAGAACGCCGAGUACAUGCUAAGAGAUUUCGCCUGCACCUUCCGAGUGGCUUUCUCUUUGAGAUCCAUUUUCGAUUCGCCAAUGCAUUGCAUCUCUUUUCUAUCGAGGAUAAAGUCGCUCGGGGCUGGCCACGCCCAGAGAGAGAGAUCUUCCAGGUCCACGCGUCAGACAAGCUUUCUGUUGCCUCUGGCGUUGGGUACCACUUUGGGCACGCCUGCGCUGCUAUCUCCUCCUUCACCCCGCGUAGUCGAUGUCGCCGAGUAUGGCGAUACGACGUAUCUCGUCAUGACCCGUCUCCAUAGGCAGACCUUUCCCAGCGUGUACCAUCUUAUGUCGUACGCUGAGCGCGAUCGCUUUACUGACGAGCUGGAGGCUUGUGUUGCGCAGCUACGAAAGAUCCCUAACCACACACCCUACCUAUUCGGCAACGCGCUGGGGGGUCCCAUAAUUGACCACCGGAUCCCAGACGGGACCGCAGGCCCGUUCAACGCCGAGUCGGACUUUAACGACCAUCUCACGAGCCAUCUCGGAUGUUCGCCUGCCGAUGUUCUGGACGGCCAGACCCCUCGCCAGGACCCUCGCUCCUAUUUCACGCACUCUGACUUCCACGCCGCGAACCUGCUCGUCGCUGAGGGUGGCCAUCUGAGCGGGAUCGUCGAUUGGGACUGCGCGGGGUACAAGCCCGAGUACUGGGAAUUCACCAAGGCGAUGUACACGACCCGCGGGGACGAGGUGCUGGAAGGCAUCUUUCGCCGCGCGUUUGGGCAUGCUUAUGAAGAGGAGCUCGAGAUGGAGCGGAAGCUGUGGAGUUGGACGCCGUUUGGCGUGUAG